AUGUCUGACUGGGACCAAGUCACCAAGAUCGGCAGCAAGGCCCGUGGAGGCGCUGCCGGCCCUCGCGAGACCGUCAUCAAGGGAAAGAGCGCUCUGAACGCCGCUCAGCGCAGCGGUGGUAUCGUUGCUACUGAGAAGAAGUUCGCUACCGCCAACCCANGCAAGGGUAUCGAAGGCCAGCACUUGACAAAGGUCGACCGCAGCGAGGAUAUCGUCGCAACCAAGAAGGUGCCCGAUGAGGUCGCCAAGGCCCUCCAGCAGGCCCGCCAGCAGCUCAAGAACCCCAAGGGUGCCACCAUGACCCAGAAGGACCUUGCCUCGAAGGCUUCAGUCGAUGUCGCCUACGUUGCUGCUCUCGAGCGUCCCGGUGCCGACUGGCCAGGCAUGGACUUCGUCCAGAAGAUCCAGAAGGCUGCCAACGUCCGCCUUACCGGCUCCAACAUCGGCGCCCCCAUGUUCGGUCCCAAGAAG